AACUAUUAAAAUGAAUGUAAGAAUUUGAAUAUAGAGGUCGUUAAUAUUUCUAUAUCAUCAAAUUGAACAUUGUUACCGACUGUAGAUAAUUUCUCACAAUAAUUGUACUUGUAGUAGCCUAUUUUCUCGGAAGAUAUUUAUUUCUUUGUUGUUAUUUAUACAGUGAAUUGUAAAUGUUUAUUUUGGAAGUACAGAAUAGAUAAAAAAUAUUUGUUGUAUAUAUAUAUAUAUAAUUUUUCACGAUGACAAGUAUACCUGAUUUCACAGCAGAAACUGCUAAAGCUGCAUUGACUGAUAUUUUAAAAGCUUUAGAUGCACCAGAAAAUUCUCAAAAAAUUGCCGAAAUUAAAGAGAAUACUGGCGAUAAUAUGUUAAACAUGAUGCAGUUUGUUUUUCCAAUUGUUGUUCAAAUACAAAUGGACGUUAUUAAAAAUUAUGGAUUUUCAGAAGGACGAGAAGGUACUGUACAAUUUGCUCAAUUAAUUAGAAAAUUAGAACGAGAAGAUCUUGAAGUAGCACGAUUACAUAGCCAAGUAAAAGCUUUUUUUAUACCACCAAUAUUAAAUUCUUCUUCUAUGGACAUUUCUACUUAAAAUAUUUUAUUUGUGCAAUAUAAAACAGAAUUAUAUCUGUUCAUUUAUUACAUGUAAAUUAUUUACAAAAAAUUUAAUACUUAUUUGAAUUUUAUUAAAAAUUUAAU